GCUUUUAACUAUAUAACACGAACUUAUCUGUCUACACUUCAUUCCAACUUCAUUCAGUAAACAAGCGAGGGCAUCGACAGAACCGGCGAAUUUGUCAAGCGAUUCCUAGUGAAUUUCCACUAAAAAGUGUUACCAGUGAAUUAAAAGGGACAGUGAAAAUGGCAUUCUAUCCGUUCUACAUGGAAUGCGACCGCCCAAGGCGCCCUAGGCAGCUUCUAGACCAACAUUUCGGUCUAGGCCUGACGCCGCAAGACAAUCUGACCAUCAUAGCCAUACCUCAGACGACCAGGGAUUACUACAGACCAUGGAGAAACCUUCAGGCUGCUGCCCAGGACGUUGGGUCAAACAUCAAAGAAGAAAAAGAUAAGUUCCAAGUCAAUUUAGACGUGCAGCACUUCGCUCCUGAAGAAAUUUCGGUGAAAACACAAGACGGAUAUUUAGUCGUUGAAGCGAAGCACGAAGAACGGCAAGAUGAGCACGGUUACAUCGCUAGAAGUUUCGUACGCAAAUAUCCGUUACCAGAAGGUAUUCAAGAAGAAUCUGUGACUUCAAAACUGUCUUCGGACGGGGUUUUGACGAUCUCAGCGCCCCUCAAAGCGCCACCGAAGAAUACCAGCGAACGAGUUGUGCCUAUUAUUCAGACGGGGCCAGUCAAGAAACAAAUUGAAGGGGCAGGAACAGAGGCGCAAAAGCAAGGCUAGUUUGACAAGACAAAAUUACCUAUUAGGUCUAGAACUUUCUGUCAGUGGAUUUAGUUAUUCAUAGUUUUAUACUAUUUUUCAUUCCAGUGUUUGGAUUUUUGUUGUGAUACCUAUGAAUGUUGUGUGUGUAUGAAGAAAAUAAAGUUUUUCUAGUCCAUAAUACUUUCUAA